AUGGAAUCACAAAGCAAUAAUAACAACCAUGCAUUAACUGAUGCGUUUGAAAGAUUUACCAAAGACUUUCGGGCAAUCGUUGACGAUAUUUCUACCAACAACAACAACAAUGCAACGAAGAAAAGGUGCAAGAGGUGCAAUAAAAAAGUUGGGUUAAUAGGGUUUGAGUGUCGAUGUGGAGAUUUGUUUUGUGGAAGGCAUAGGUAUCCAGAAGUUCAUGAAUGUGAAUUCAAUUUUAAGGAUAUUGGUCGCAACAUUUUGACAAAACAGAACCCUCUUUGUAUUCGUGAUAAAUUAGAUGAAAGAAUUUAG